GAAGUGUAGCCAUGCAGAUGCGAUUUGUGUGCUGGGGUGUGACUAUGCAAAUGAUCUGCAGUGGGAUGCAUAUGCCGGGGUGUGGCCAUGCAAAUGAGCUCCAGUGAGAUGCACAUGCUGGGAGUGUGGUGAUGCAAUGCCAUUGAGAUGUAGACAGACUUUGGGUGACAUUUUCUUGUCCUGUGUGGCUGUUCUCUGUCUCGGGAUCCCUGAAUAUGGCAGCAAUCUCAGAGAUAACCUGCGAUAUUGAGAUGACAGAGUGUACAGUAGCCCCAGUAGCUAUGGAGGACAGUGACCGUGAUGUUGACUCUGCGUCAGAUGAGCAGAACUCUGUCCCUGCGUCACCUGAACCCAGGGCGCAUACAGAGGAAAAGCACUUCCCUAAAGAAGACUCGGAAGAUUCAGAGCUGGAGCACAUCAUGGGACAUCACCCUCCCACUGACUGGCACGCAUCCGGGCACCAUAAGGGUGAUGGUGAGGGUCACAGCAGACCCCACACCCCGGGCACGCCCACCUUCCUGAGGCCCGUGGCGGCACCCAGGAGCCCGGGAGAGUUAGACCACGAGUCCAGAACCGUGGCUCACCGCGGCCAUGUGGACUUUAACCUGCCGUCUCCAAUCAGCCCCUCCAGGCCUAGAAGCCCCUGGGGUUGUUAUGAUCCGUAUGCUGCUGAGGACCAGGAUAAGGAGUAUGUGGGAUUUGCAACUUUACCGAAUCAAGUUCACCGGAAAUCUGUGAAAAAGGGCUUUGACUUCACUUUAAUGGUAGCAGGAGAGUCAGGUUUAGGAAAAUCCACCCUGGUCAACAGUCUCUUCCUCACAGAUCUAUACAAAGACCGAAAACUGCUUAAUGCUGAGGAGAGGAUCACUCAGACAGUAGAGAUCACUAAACACACAGUGGACAUCGAGGAGAAGGGCGUCAAACUAAAGCUCACUAUCGUAGACACACCGGGAUUCGGAGAUGCAGUCAAUAACACUGAGUGCUGGAAGUCGGUUGCAGACUACAUAGACCAGCAGUUUGAGCAGUACUUCAGAGAUGAGAGCGGACUUAACCGGAAAAACAUUCAGGAUAAUCGAGUACACUGCUGUCUGUACUUCAUUUCACCCUUCGGUCAUGGUUUAAGGCCUCUUGAUGUUGAGUUUAUGAGGGCUCUACAUGAGAAGGUGAAUAUUGUGCCUGUGCUAGCUAAAGCCGACACGCUCACCCCUACUGAGGUCAAAAAGAAGAAAAUCAAGAUUCGAGAGGAGAUUGAGCAGUAUGGGAUCAAGAUCUACCAGUUUCCAGAUUGCGAUUCAGAUGAAGAUGAGGAAUUCAAACAGCAAGAUCAAGAACUCAAGGACAGUAUUCCCUUUGCUGUGAUUGGCAGUAACACAGUGGUGGAGGCCAAAGGGAAGAGGGUUAGAGGACGUCUGUACCCCUGGGGAAUUGUAGAAGUGGAGAACCCAGCACACUGUGACUUUGUAAAGUUGAGGAACAUGUUGGUACGAACACACAUGCAGGAUCUGAAGGAUGUGACGCGGGAAACUCAUUAUGAGAACUACAGAGCUCACUGCAUUCAGAGCAUGACGCGCAUGGUGGUGAAGGAACGCAACCGCAACAAACUGACCAGAGAGAGCGUUACUGACUUCCCCAUCCCCGUGGUACCCACCGUGGCUGACAAUGAGACGGAAAAGCUCAUCCGAGAGAAGGAUGAGGAGUUGCGACGAAUGCAGGAAAUGCUUACGAAGAUCCAGGAGCAGAUGCACACGCAGAAAGAGGCAUAUUAACACUGCAUCACGUCGAUUUGAAGCUCCGCCCUUGACCUCACCCACCAGGCCAGCCGCACUCCAUUCCCUUUCAGAUCCCAAUACUGUGGUGUCUUUAAACCCAAUAGAUCUGUGAUGUCCACUUCAAUGUAAACAGUUUAUGAUCAACAAAAACAAGCCUUAACUUUUGACUCACAGGAAGUCCAGGGCAUAUUUCACCUAAAAAAGAAAAAUACUUUUUAAAAAAUUAUAUUUUCAAGGAAAAAUGAAAUACAUUUUUUUAUAUUUUGACAUCAUGACAUCUUUUCCAAAUACGCAUAUGCCAAGUCCCAUUCUUAUUACUUGUCUUUGAUACAGGAAAAAAACUGUAAGACCCUGUGUCCACCAAAGUAUUUAAACGCAGCUGACUGUGGCCGCUUGCCAGCGUUUCUUUAGCUGAGAACUUGAAUUUCUAUGUGUUUUGUCGUUGUAUGAUGCACCGGUUGGUUGGUGUGGCAUUUGUCCCACCCAUCGUCUACUGUGAUUAGACAGUUAAGUGAAUAGUGACAUUGAUGACCUAAAGCCACAUCCAGACGAAGCCAGUGCUUCUCCUAUCCGAUGCUGAGUGCCGAUAAAACCGGCGAGUGACGAUGCUGAGCGCGGACAAAAACGGCUAACACUGAUGCUGAAGAAGGAAAAAAAUUACAAGCACAGACAUUUAGCGUAGUCAAAAACAGCGAAUGCCAAUGCUGAGCAUGGAAAAAAAUGGUGAGCACCAACACUGAGCACAGUUAAAAAUGGUGAGUGCUGAGCGCUAACAAAAACAGUGAGCCCUGAUGUUGAGCACGGACAAAAACAUUAAGCGCUGAUGCUGAGCACAGACAAAAAAGGUGAGCAAUGAUGCUGAGCACGGACAAAAAUUAUGAGCACUGACAUUAUCAUAGUACAAAACGGCUAGCGCAGAUACUGAGCACGGACAAAAACUGCAAGCAGCGAUGCUGAGAAUAGACAAAAAUUCAGAGCACUAAAACUUAGUGUUGAGCACAGAUGCUGAGUUUAUACAAAAACGUUAAGCACCGACACUGAGCACGGUAAAAAUUGGUGAGUGCAGACGGUGAGCACGGACAAAAACGACGAGCAGUGGCACUGAGAGUGCACAAAAGCAACGAGCACCGAUACUGACCAUGUUAAAAAAUGCUGAACGCAGACGCUGUGCAAGGACAAAAAUUACAAGCACGGACAUUUAACGUAGUCAAAAGCAGCAAAUGCUGAGCAUGAAAAAAUGGUGCACACCAACACUUAGCACAGUUAAAAAUGGUGAGCGCCGACACUGAGCACUGACAAAAACAGCGAGCCCUGAUGUUGAACACGGACAAAAAUAUCAAGCGCUGAUGCUGAGCACAGACAAAAAUGGCGAGCACCGGCACUGAGCACGGUAAAAAUUGGUGAGUACAGACAAAGCGGCGAGCAGUGACACUGAGUGUGUACAAAAGCGGUGACCGUAGAUGCUGACAGUGCACAAAAGCAGUGAGCACCAACACCGAGGACGGUAAAAAAUGGCAAACGCAAACGUUUUGCACGGACAAAACAGCGAGCGACAAAGGCUGAGCUCAAACCAAAAUGGCAAGCGGUGACACUGAGCACUGAUAAAAACAGCGAGCCCAGACAUUGAGCGUGGACAAAAAACAUGGGCUGGCUACUAGAAAAAACGUUCUGGUGGACACGUGGGCUAACAAUUAUUGUAUUACUUAUACAAUACAUGAUAAUUACAGUUGUUGUAAUACAGUGCUGUUUAUUUUAUUUUUUUAUAAAUAUCAAAGUUAGGGAUCAUUUUGUAAAAUAUGUAAAAUCUACAUAAUUUUUCUUAACAGAUUGUGAAAUAUGACCUGAACAUGUUAAGGGUUUUCAUGUGAGUCAGCACACAAGAUUUUUGUUUUGAAUUUAUUCAAACUAAAUGUUGUUUAUUAUUUAAAGUUUUAUUUUGUGAGGAGUUUUGGUUUAAGGGGGCAGUAAAAAGCAAAAACCCUUUACCUAUUUGCUUAUCCAAUGUUUGUUUGUACCCAAAUAUUAUAGUGUCAUUAUUUAAGUUGUUUUCUACAAUGUGUAACUAUUUUGUUAAAUGUUUAUUAAUUUGUAUUUGUUGUAAUGCCUGUAUUUUUUUUUACAUUUCUAUACAAAACUGCAAAAUGGCUUCUUACUAAGUUUCUAAAUGUUUUUUUUAUUUUCUUAUUGAAGAUUUAAAAAUGUACUGUAGAGAGAUAUUUUUGUUAAAGUAUUAAGACAUAUCUGACAUCUGCUCCCUGAGGUUUAUUAAAGAUGAAAUCUAAUACUGUAUACUGACGCUGAUUCAUUUGUGAGAGGAAGGCUCAUAGUUAAACUGUCUGUUACAGCGUUCAUAGAGAUAGAUUAUCUAUAUUUUCCUGCAUCAUUCCUCUAUUUUAUUAUUUUCUUGGAUAAUGUUGGUGAAACAAAAGAAAGGAAAAUAACAGAGUCAUACUGUUUAUUGUAUUGAUCAAAAGAGGCGCAUGAAUCGACACCUUAUACUGUAGAAGCUUAGUUUCUAUUGCUGCAACUUAACAAGGAUCUCAUGCUAAUGUUUGGUCAUGGUAUGUUUGAAGUCAUAAGAAUAUUUAUACUCAUUUUUGUAUGUCAAUGGUCUUUAUAAUUAAAUGUAAACUAGAAGAGAAAUGUAUUACAGAUUUCAGGUUUAAGGUACAACAUAAAGCUGAUCUGAUUUUUUUUUUUUUUUUAAUGUCCGCUUUAUUUUGGUCUGGUAUGAGCAGCUACAUUUACUUUGUUGAUGUGAUCAUAUCAUUGUGUACAUUUGCUUUGUGUUGUACAUUAACUACUUUUUAUUUUAUUAGUAUUUUUUAUGGAUUGAGGACAUUAAUACAUUUAAAUAUUGUUCAAACAUUGAGAAUAAAGAUGUGACAUUUGAAAUAAAAACUGUCUAUAAUAUUAUAGUAUACUACUAA